UAUCUUGACUCCAUAAUAUAGCCAGUCAAAACGAGGCGCGGACGCCAGCGCAUCUCGAUUACGUUUAUAAACUUAAAACUAUUAACUAGUUAAAUAAAGUUAAGCAUAGAAGUGUCAGUGAAUUAAACUAAUAUGUUUAAGUAGGGUAGUGUAAAGUGGUCAGUUUAGUCGGUUGGCAUAAUGCAUUGCAAAGUUUUGUAACAGUUAAGAAAGGAUGCUUGAAGUGAUUCGAAAACAGGAUUUGAUGUAACCAAUUUUAUGUUAUGUAUUUUUUUCAAUUAAUCAUUAAAAACAGUUUAAAGUUUUAAAAUAAAACCGUUAAGCAUUCUAGUGAUAAGCUUUUGCCUCUUCCUAGUAUAAGGAUUAAAAAAAGUUUGCGUGGGUGGGCAAAAAAUAAAAUAGUGAUGGGCGUGUUACCUCGAUAAAUUGUUAUCGAUGAUUAACGAUCUUCAGGUUUUUUAAAAGGCAUAUAGUGGACGGGCUAACAUGGCAGCUUCAGUGCAAUUUAGUCGUACCAUGUGCUAUCUAGAGUCUAUCGGCUCGCACGAUGUCGCUAGCGGAGGCGCGGUCUGCGCGCAGCUCGCCCGCGCCCGACGCCUGCCCCGACUGCGACACCGGCGCCUCUGUCACCUCCGACUUGCAUAAGUACCAAGUGGCCUGCACAUGCAAGCCGGCGUCGGCGCAGUAUGCGUGCGCAGAGGAGCCCGGUCCCCCCCCUCCGGCUAAGACCGACACCCCUCCCGCGCUGCCCCCGCGCCCACCCGCCAGCGUACUCGCCGCUACUAACAGGAGAAACAAUGCGUCGGUGGGCUGUAGUGGCAACGAGACGUCAUGUCGCCGCCGCAAGUAUGCGUGGUGGUGCUGCGGCUGCGGCGCGCUGUCCGCCGCGCUGGGCGGGCUGCUGGCGGCGCAGCACAUUCUGCUGCGAGCGUACACAGCCUCGCCGCACCACUUGGAGACGGUGCCAGCCGCGGUGCCGGCCGCUAUGUUGGUACUGACCGGAGUGUGCAUUAUGAGUUUAGCUCGCCGACGAAACAGAUACAGCUAUAUGGUAAGAAAAAUCAAAGUGGUUGGUGCCUGCUGUCUUGUAUGCGCGUUGACGUGUGUUCUGGUGACAAUUACAACAACUGUAAUACAUAUGAAUAAAUUGCAAACGCUGAAGUUUUGCGACUACACAAAACUGACUAGAACUUGCACGUGCUACUCAAUGCCUACAGACUCGCAGCAUAGCGGCUCUGAUGAUGAUGGUGUUCGCUGCGCGUUCGAAGGCGUAACAGACUGCGGCGUGGUGCACGGCGCGCUGUACUGGUGCCUGCGCGGCGUGUUCGCGCUCUCCGUCAGCGCCGUGCUCGUCUGCAUCUUCAGCUGCAUGCUGGCGUACCAGCUGCUCAGCCACGAACGCAAGAAGAUGUACUGGGAACAGCUGGAACUGCGCUGCCGUUCUCUUUACCGGCCGCCCAGUGGCCAGCCCGUGCCUGCUGGAAGACCUGUGCAGACUAACUGCAGUUGCUGUGCGCAGUGUCACACCGCGCAGCCAGCUUGGGACUUUAGCCUUCAACACCGAUUUUGGGCGCCUGGUCGUAUCGGUAACCUGUAUUCUCCGAACCCCGGCACAGGCAGGAAGACGUCUCCGUGGAGCUGGUUUCCGUGGCCCAGGGGAAACAGUCAAAAUUCCCGAUGCAGGAUGAGCGGAGUUCCGCAAUCAGGAGACAGCGCGUACGGCUUCUGCGAGAACGAGCCCAACCCCAACCCGGCGCAGUCGUACGACGAGCGCACCUACCCGCCCAACUUCAACCAAUUCCGCACCCAGAACCCGCCGAACUUCACCCAGAACCCGCAAAACUUUACCCAGAACCCACAGAAUUUCACACCGCAAUUCCAGCAGAGUUCAUCCAAUUUCCCCCAGACCCCGGGUGCUUUUCCUAACCAAUAUCCCCAAGGGUCUAGUUUUGGUCAGGGGACCAGUUUCAAUCAGACGGCUUAUCAAGAGGGUUUUGGGGAGGCGAGUGGAAGUUUCGACGCUCAGACUGGGGUUUGGGGACCACCACCACCUUACAGCCCUCAAGGAAGGAGUGGGAGUAGACAUCACCUUCACCACCAAGACCCCGCAGCUGCGACACUCCUCCACCACCACCACAUCGACCAUCGCAACAUACACGAGCACAUGCAACCGCACACAUGCACCCGCAACUACCUCGUACAACCCGAAUUAACCCGGAUCCCGGACACGACCCGAAUAAAUCCGGAACACGCGCGAAUUAACCCAGAAAUGUCUCGUAUGAACCCAGAGUUGACUCGAAUCAAUCCAGAAUUAACGUUAAUUAAUUCAGAGCUAACUCGAAUAAACCCGGAACUGGCUCGAAUAAACCCGGAACUGGCUCACAUGUAUCCGAAUGACCCGAAUGAAAUAGCUCGGUUGCAGGAGAUGGUUAAUAUGGGGCCGGAAAGGUUCAAUACAUUGAGGGGCCAUUUGGUUCCUUACAGAGGUUGUCAGAGAUCCUUGGGAAUGAGCUCAGGGAAUCUGCAUUGUAGAGAAGACGUGGCUAUUGAAUGUUUACAUCAGAAAAGUGCCACUAAAGUUUCAGAUCAGAGCAGUGACUCGUGCCAAAAGCAAGGAAAGGAAAACCUGGGCUUCCAAAACGACAAACACUCCCCUAUACGGGCAUCGAUGGCGGAGUGUCGCGGCGCGAGUCAGAACGCGGAGUCGGAGGUGUACUUCGCGGACGUUUCCAGCUGCUGUAACGUGAGUGUCAAGGCUGACUGCUGUAUAAAUCCAAACGUAUCAGCCCUAGUGGGGACAAUCGAGAAUCACCCAGAGUCCACGUCAGAGUCUGACACCGGCUCGUUCACUCUGACGCGUCAACAGCGGCCGCAGCCGCAAGUUGGUUCAAAGCGCCGCAACAGACAGACAGAAAAACACAACAUACACAAAACACAAGAAAAAAGACAGGACUUCAAUAAUUCUAUUCGGUUAACCGAACAACAAAUAGAACAUCUCAACAACUCCAUGAGAAUGAGCGAAAGAAUGAACGACAGACUCAGUGAUCGAAUGAGUGACAUAAGGAUGAGUGACAGACUCGAUUCCCGAGAACGUUUAGAACGUAUUGAGUCAAGAGAUAGAUUGAACGAAGGCAGAAUCGAAUCAAGAGAUAGAUUAAAUGAAUCCAGAAUCGAAUCCAGAGAUAGAUUGAAUGAUUCGAGAAUUGAUAGAGAAUCGAUAGAUCGUAUUGAUACCAGAGUUGAUAGAAUAAAUGACUCUAGAGACCGCUUGAAUGAAUCGAGAAGCGAUAGAAUGAAUGAUAGAGAUAGAUUGAACGACACUAGAAGCGAUCGUGUGUGUGAACGAGAUUCUAGGAUCGAACGUAUCGACCGUGACAGGUUGAACGAUUCAAGAAUUGAUCGAAUUUGCGAUAGGGAUAGACUCAAUGAUUCCAGAAUAGAAAGGAUGAAUGACUCGAGAAUUGAUCGUAUGAGCGACCGCUUCAACGAUUCUCGUAUCGAACGAUUGUGCGAUCAAAGUAGAUUGAACGAUUCCAGAGUAGAUAGAAGCGAUCAAAGCCGAUUAAACGAUUCCAGAAUCGAUCGGAUGAGUGAUCGCGAUCGCUUAAACGAUUCGCGCAUAGAUCGAAUCAGUGAACAAAGUAGAUUGAAUGACUCCAGAAUCGAACGUGACAGAUUGAAUGAUUCUCGCGUCGAUCGUAUGAUUGAAAGAGACAGGUUGAAUGAUUCUAGGAUCGAUAGAAUGAACGAUCCCAGAUCAGAUCGUUUUGAAGACCGUAGAAUGUCAGAUUUAAAUGCAAGUAUUAGGAUCGAGGGCAGUCCCAAAAUGCGGAAUCAUAUUAGCCCUUUGCGUAUGCCAAGAACUAGUCCUAAAAACCUUCCUAAAGAACACCCUAGGCAAUCUAGCUCAGAUUCCAAAGAGUUCUAUGUACCACCUGCUCAUUCGCCUUUAUCUCCUAACACAGAAGAGUCAUUAUUGUCUGACGAUGACGACAGGAGGCAAGAAAUUGUGUAUUCAAAUGAACCAGAAGGCUCUAAAUGCCUUGGACCAGACUCACAAUAUGAACCAGAGAGGAAAGACGAGAUUUUGAAAACUAACCACCACCAUUGCUAUAGCGAUACGAAUACUAUGGACUCUGGUUGGCAGAGUGGUUCAGAAAAACAGGUUACGGAUUAAAAAUGUAUUGACGAUGGAAGGAAAAAGAAGCAGGCGGCAUAAACCUAAUUUGAAAGCUACAAAGUUAUAUUUCACUAGUAGAAGUUGGAAGUUGAAGUUGUCACUUUUUUAUACACACGCGUUACAAACGCGUUGUCUUAUUCUGAUAGAGAUUUGAGAAUGUGACCAAAUUAAGUAUUUUUCACCCGACUUCAAAAAAGUAGGAGGUUCUCAAUUCGACGCGUAUUUUUUUUGGGUUACCUCAUAACUUCGUAAUUUAUUAACCAAUUUUGAAAAUUAUUUUUUUGUUUGAAAGAUUAUACUUCCAGAUUGGUCCCAUUUUAUUUUCCUGAUAAUUGGUUUAGUAAUUUUGUGUUAAAAUCUAAAUAAAUGUUAAAAAGAUUAUUCUUACUCUCAACCAUAUUUUAAUGGAAAUGUGAGUUUGUCUGGUUAUGCCAUUUCCAUGCCAAUCAUUACGAAAUCUUCGCAUUCACGUGGUCAGACAUACAGGGAAAAGUCUAGGUUUUCCUUUAAUUCAGAAAAAAGCCAUUUUCCAGAACAAUAAAAAACUUACUGGUGAGCGAGGUUGUGUAAAACAGUAUAGCAACCACUAUACUGUUUUACACAUAUAUAUAUAUAUAACAUAUAUAAAACUAAAUUCGGGUCAAAUUGGUGCUUGGCUCGAUCGGGUUUGCAAUGAGGUCCAUUUGAAAAAUUUUGACUUUUUUUAGAUUAUCACUGUUUUAAACAAAAAUACUUUUUUGAAUACAAAUUAGCGAGCUUUCAAACUGUGGUAUUUAUUCCAUUUUACUAAUGGAAAUCUUAAUAAAUUAAAGAAAGCAAUAAAAAUGUCGUAUUGUUUCCGCACAGCCCCCUAGCCAAGUUUCACGUCGAUUCUCUUUCUACGAUCGCUAACGCUUCGAAACCUAGAAAAAUGUAUGGGAAUGACUGAUCUUGAUCACGUGACCUGUCGAUAGCAAAUGUCAUUCCCAUACAUCUUUCUAGUUUUCGAAGUGUUAGCAGAAAGAGAAUCGACGUACCACUUGGUUAAGGGGGCUGGACACUAUGAAGUAUCCAUCGACACGGGUCUCUAUAGUUUGGAGUGAAUACGCUAUUUCUAUUGCCUUGCUAUUAAUAUUUCUACGGUUUGACUAUAUAUUAUUAGUACGGUUCACAAAAAAAUAAAAUAAAAAUAAUGUUUUUUUAUACUAGUAGUAGUAGUAGCAUAAAACAAUCAUUUUUGUCAACCGUACUUGUAUUUGAGAUUCUACAGUGAAUGUGUGAGUGCACGUGAUUUAGAAUGAAACAAUUUUGAUGAUGUUAGUAGUUUUAGUGUAGAUUGAAAAAAUGAGUGUUUGAAGUGAUCGUGUUAGCUUUAUUGCGUAUUGUUGUGAGAAAUAUCUUAAAAUUGUUUUUGAAAAAUUCGUUAUUAGAAUUUAAUUAUAAUAUUUUUUUAACGUCAGUGCGUAGUCCGUUUAUAGUAUCUUCAUUCAGUAAGUAUCGUAUGAUUGAUUGAACGAUUGAGACAGAUCGAACGAUUCUAGAAUAGAUAGAAUGAACGAUUCUAUAUCAGAUUGUGUUGAAAGGUAUGGAAGUAUCAAUCGUUUUCAAAAAGUGCGAAAUAUACCUACUCAACCAGCUAACUCUUGUCCACUUAUUAAAAUUUAAAAUCGUUUAAAAUUGUUAAUAAAAAACAAAUAUAAUCAUGUACCUACAAAGAAAUCCUUCACUAUCAUUUUAAUAUUAUAAAAAAUACUUUAUAAAAAGAAUUUGUAUAAGUCUAAUUUUAACAAAAUUACCGUAAAGUCUAGUAUUUUUGAAAUUAUUUGAUUGCUCUCUAUUAUUUAUUAUUUUUCUUAUAUUAAUGUUAAAUCUAGACAGAAAGAUGGAAGAAAAUUUAUUUGUUGAAUACAAAUCAUACAAAAAUACUUUAUAAAUACAACAGAAUCAUGCUGCAUAUAAACCUACAAAAUAAAGUGUGAUGUAAUUGUAAAAGGUUCUGUCUAUUCAUUUAUCUAUCUACGGUAUGUAUUUCAUGACGUAUUAACAUUUUCAAAAAGAAAAUAUGUUAUUUACGCGCGGCGUUUACAUCGAAGACGUGUUAAGUUACGUUCACACGGCAUUGUAAUUUUUUUAUACAAACUUCAUAACAUAUAUUUGAUGGUGUAUUUUUUGCAGUGUUAACGUUUUGUGGACGGUUCUAUGAACAAUGCAUAUGCCACUAUUUAUUCGUUAUGACGUAUACGAUAAAAAAAAGAAACCGGACAAGUGUGAGUCGUAUUCGCCCACUGACGGUUCCAUACAAGAAAGGCGGUGCCAAGCCAGUGAUGUUUUAAUUUAAGCCGUUUAAAUUACAGAAUUUCUGUGGUUCUUUCAGAAACGGCUUCAAUUAAAGCAUGACACUGGAUUGGCACCGCCUUCAAACUGAUCAGAAGGUAGCACAUAGGUAAGAUGUUAUUUUUUGCUUUUUAGUUUAGGUUAAUUUUUGAGUUGGAAGUCGGUUGAAUUUUUUUUAUUAAAAUUUUUAUUUUUUAAUUUUUAGUGUUAGCACACCUACUGAGUGUGAACAAAAAUUAAUAAGCAAUUAGUUGAAACGUUAUUUUCUUAUGAUAAGUAUCUAAGUCCUACAAUCCCAAUUUUAAAAAUACUACCUUACUACUACCUAACUACUCAUAUACAAAAUUUCACUCCCCCUUUAUCCACACGUAAUAUGAAUAUUCAGAAAAACGUAAAAGGUGAAUGUCCUCCGUCUUCAUCACCAGACCCCCUAUGCAGUCACAAUCCAUAUGGUUGGAAAGUUCUUAUCAAUAUAAAAUUUAUCAAGUCCAAACACAAGGUAGCUACUGUGAACCGUUGAGGAGUUCCCUUAACUGUCCUUCGUCUUCAUCAUCAGACCCUUAAUACAGUCACAACCCAUCUAGGUGGAAAGUUCUCAUCAAUACAAAUAAAUGAAGCCCAAACAAAAGGUACCUGCUGUAAAUGGUUGACGAGUUCCAUCGUCUGUGUUUCGGCUCCAUCAUCAGACCUACUCCAGACCUUCAUAAAAUUGUAGUGGUUUAAAAUACCUUAUGGAAACAUUAACAAACGCACUAGCUGUCUCUACGAUUUUCGAAAGUUCCCCUCGAUUUCUCUAGAAUGCCAUCAUCAGAUCCUGACAUGAAAAAAAUGGGACCACCCUGGAAUCAAACCCUUCAAAACAAAAAAAGAAUUUUCAAAAUCGAUCCACAAAUGACGGAAUUAUCGCUGGACAUACAUAAAAAAAAAAAAAAAAAACAUACAUACAGCCGAACGUAGAACCUCCUCCUUUUUGGAAGUCGGUUAAAAAUGCGUGGAGCCGCAUUCUUGAAAUAAAGCCUAGUUAUAGACAGACGGACAGCAAAGUGAUCUUUAAGGGUUCCGUUUUUUCCAUUUUAGGAUACAGAACCCUAACCAACGUGCUGGAAAAUGACAUUGCUGUGUGAACGUAGCGUUAGGUGCGGUAUACACGAGGGUGAUACUGAAUAUGUCAUAGUAUUACAGGGCUGUACAAACGCAUCUAGAUUUUAAUUUUAUAUCUAUAUGUAUAUGUAAAUAGCACUCUCCGAGUGCAAUAAGCAACUCAAUAAGUACUACCAGGACAAAGUAUAAAAAAAAGGUGUUCCGUGGCGUGCCCAAGGUUACCAACUAGGGUAAGCACUAACUAUAGACGUAAAACUUUACGCGUUUUUUGUGGUUAGUGAUUACGUAUUACACUUCCUAACUACCUAUCAAUUUAUCAUACUUGUACCAUCAAAGUACCGUUAGAGUUUAAGCGAUUAAAACUUGACAUAACAAAGCAUCUAAACCUAAAACAAAUCCCAAACUGCCUCUUAUUAAAAUUUUCUAUUUCAAAUGAAUUUAAUCCUCAUAAUAUUGCGUAAGCCUUUAAUUCCGAAUUCGUCCGAAAAUUCUAUUUUUCUCUUUACAACAGUCAACCCUCCGUCUAUAUAGCUAAAAUACUACUAAUAUUAUAUUUAAUAGUACAUAAUAAUUUAAAAAUCUUUUUACCUAGUUUACGUAAUAUACCUAUAUGUCACCGUAAAAUUGUAAAUACCGUUAGAUUAUAAUCUAUCCCACGAGAUUCUAAACUGUCGAUAGAUCAUGAACUGCAACAUACCUACUGCUUACAAUUUAACGUAUAUUAUUCGGUAGAUUGUAAGGAUGUUUUUUCAUUUUUUAUUUGAACGUUCAUAAAUAAAAAAAAUACUUAACCUAACCAAAUCUAAAUUGGUUUCUGAGCCUCUCUAGUUCCGAUUCAUAGGAGUAGGUAUUUAUGGGGUUCACAAUCUUUCGACAGUUCACAAUCUCGCGAGAUAGAUUAUAAUCUAAUAGUAUUUAUAAUUUUACGGUGUCAUAUGUUAUAAACUUUUUCAUAAGAGUAUGGUGUUUGAAAGAAAUGUUGACUCUUUAAAAAGUAUGAAUCUCGUGCCAAUUAGGUAAGGUACCAUGCACAAAUACGACCAAAUGCAAAAAAAAAAAUACUUUUAUAAUCGAGUUUUAAAAUUCGAAUGUAAUAAGAUUUUUUAAAUUAAAUAAGUUUUUACUGUAAUUAAUAUGAAUAUUAGCAUGUUUUAAAUUAGGACUUUUGAAGGUCGAUUGUUGCUAUUAAUUAAUUUGUAUAAAUUUAAUGAAAAAUUGUAAUUUGAUACACCUUUUUCUUGUUAUGAUCCUAAUUAUCUGCACAUUUUAAUUAUAAUUGAUUAUUAAUGUUUCAGAUUUAAAUACUUUUGUUGUUAUUGUAUGAAUAUUUGUAUUGCUAAUAUAACAAGUUUUAAAAAAAUUGGAAUAUUCUUAUAAUUCAUUUCAUUUAAAUGGUAACUUUCAUCAUUUGAAUAUUUCUGUUUAAAAAACCAAUUUAGUUUUUCAACACACUUAUUUAAGUUUGUAUAGUUAGCAGCGGCGAAGAGUCCAUACAGGCUGAUUACCGCCGGGUUACCUUUUAAAAAAUCAUACAUAUAUUGUAAUGAAUAUUUAUGGAUUUAUGAGUAACCGGAGUUUGUAUCAAGUUUCAUUGAGACGGCUUACCUUUGUCAAAAUUCCAUCCUUUGCCACUGAUAACUGUAACUUCACCAUCAAAAACGGUGAAUGGCAUUCUGACAAUAUUUUCCAUGUAUUCCCCAUACGUUAUACCUAUUUGACGGAAUUAGGUUUAUAAAUGUACUAAUUCUAUAAAAAUAUUGGUAUUUAACUAUGACGUAACGGUAUAUAUUGAAUAUACUUAUUUGCAUUUUACUCUCACUCUUGCCAUUAUUUAAUGAAAAAUUCAAAAUUUACAAUACAAUGUUUUUUGUAUAUAAUUUUUUUUUAAUGUUCGAACGUUACUUAGUAUUUAGUUUAAUCUGUAUCCUGGAUAUGGUUUAAAAUUGCUUAACUAGGUAUAUAUAUAAAAUAAUCAGUUUGGAUAUAUUGUUACUGUAUUUUUGGUUUGUUUUUAUAUAUUUCAAUAACUCUAAAACAAAGCAAUUUACCAAGAUCAUAGAUUUUGUAUAAAAUAUCGUUGACCAAUACAACAUAUAAAUAGUAUACAAAUAUCAUGUUGGUAAAUUACUUAUCAACAUCUUUAGCCUGCAUUUUUUCUGACAUACUUGUAUUUUUUUUAUAUAUAUAUUUUUUUUUCUUUGCGGGGACGGACUUCUGUCGUCAGAAAGGGCAUGUUCGACUCGCAUGGACCAAAAAUAACUCCCACAACAGCACGGAACCGCGUAGCAUUACUUCGUGCUGACCGAUCAGUUAUCAUUCCUCGCGUUCCUUUUUCUCUUGUCUUUCUCUCGUUUCCCUCCGAACCAUUAUUGUUCGGAGCGUGUUAGCGCAUUUGCUCCAUUCGUCUUCGCUCGCUAACAUGCGAGCAACAAGAGUUUGCACAUUAAACUCUCCUGCCUCCUGUGUUUCUACUGUCAUCUGCACAUCCCGGGCAUUCAAAGAGAGCAUGCCUCGGAUUGUCCUCUUCUCCGCUGUUUUUUUUUUAUAUUAGGUUCAUACAAAAGCUAUCGUUCUUUUAACACGAUUGUUAAUUAUUUUCUGCAAGACACAAUGAAGGGUACAAACUACAAAUUCUUUGAAGCAACUUUGUAAGCUCCACUCAAAAUAAAUCCGAACUGAUUUUAACAUAAUUUUAAAAUUAGAUUUACCUCCUAACUACCACUGUAAUGCAACAAUGGAAUUGUUUAUUAUUUUUCUUAUUUGUAAUAAACAUCUUUGUAAUUUUAAUUUUUCAAUAAGUAAUAAAUUAAGAAUUCUGAAUGUACUCGUGAAUAAGUUUUUAUGUAAUUAAUAAAUAAUUCAAUAUUAAGCGACUAUAAUAUAGGAGAUAUUUUUUUGUAAAUGAUUAAAUUAUGAAUUUAAUACGUAUGUAUUAAUACUUAUUAAUAGAAACGGUAAUUGAUAUGGAUAAAUUAUUGUAUUUAUGACGUAGGUACCUGUAAAUCAAGGUGGCAAAAUCAAACGUAAGAAUUAUUUCGUAUAUUUGAAUGAAUUUAAAUUUAGAACAAAAUAUUCGAAGUUUAGUUGAUUUAAAAAAGGAAUGCCUAAGAUGGCCUGAGAUAAAAAAAUACAGGCGAUUUAUAUAGAUUACCAUGUUUAAAUGUUGAAUUCCCCAAUUCACAUGCGUAGCACGAAGGUAUGGUCAGACAAUGAAAGACGCCAUUAAAAUCAUAAAUACAAUAAAUUACCUGCAAUUAUCUACAAAAGAACCUAUUCUUGUCUGUCCAAUUUUUAUACGUAGGAAUUGAGAUUAUAAUAAUAACUUUUUGUGAUGUGAUGUUUUUUUCUUCAUUACUAUAACUUUGAAUGUUAGUUUCGAUUAGUAUUGUUAGAUUUAUCUAUAAUGGUUCUAUUAAAAGACUGAAAUCUUA